AUGACAGAUCUCCUCUCUACACAAGCCUCACAUGCCAUCACCUCCCUUGCCCUCGCAACAACCCACUCCAUCUUCGCCCCCUCGCCCUCCUCCUCUUUGUCCCUAUCUCCAUCCCUAUCCACCCCAUCCUUCCUACCGACCAUGCGUCCCUCACCAGGAUCCACCGCAACCCCCUCCCCUUCCCCUUCCCCAACCGCCCCCAAUGACGACAACAACGGCGAAUGCCAGCUCCUAGGCCCCUUCGCGCUCCUCGUCCAAGUUACCCUGGGCGCUCUUGCCCUUCUCGCUCUGGUCUAUAAGCGUUGGCGCGAAAGGCCCCAGCGCCCAAUAAAAGUAUGGGCGUUCGACGUGUCCAAGCAAGUCUUCGGUUCUGCCAUGCUGCAUCUGGCCAACCUGCUCGCGUCGAUGUUCUCUGCGGGCCAGAUACCCGUGACCGCGACGUACCAGCCGAACCCGUGCUCGUAUUAUUUGUUGAAUUUGGGGAUUGAUACAACCCUAGGCAUCCCCAUCCUAAUACUCAUCCUCCGUGUCCUCAACCGCGCCGCCCUCUUCACCCCACUCGCCAACCCUCCCGAAUCCAUCCAAUCGGGCAACUACGGCAGCCCUCCCCGUGCCACAUGGUGGUUCAAGCAGUCCAUGAUCUACUUCGUUGGCCUGCUCUGUAUGAAAACCUGUGUCAUAAUCCUCAUCCAUAUGCUUCCCUUCAUCGUUAAGGUGGGAGACUGGGCCCUCCGCUGGACGGAAGGGAAUACAGCUGUGCAAAUAUUUUUCGUCAUGUUGCUGUUUCCGGUCAUUAUGAAUGCGGUGCAGUAUUAUAUUAUUGAUAUCUUCAUUAAGAAGCCGAGUGAGAAGGUGGAGGAUGGGGAGGGGGAUGAUGAUGAGGAUGGGAGUGGGAAUGGCGCUGGUGGGGUUGGCGGCGCUGGCGGUGCUGGUAGGUAUGAUAGUCUGGAUGAUGUGGUGCGGGGUGAUGAUCGGCAUAGAAGGAGUGCGUUGUUGGCGGGGAUUGAUAGAGAUGACUUAAGUGAUGAGGAGGAUUAUAUGGUGUUUCCCGAUGAUGAUGAUGAAGGGAGGGUGAAGAGGACGCUGGAAUCUGCUGGUGGUGGUGGUGGUGGUGAUGAUGGUGUCGUUGAAGGGUGA